CGGGGCCUUGGGUGGGUUUGCAACCUGCUUCACCACACUCCCCCAUUCUUCUUCGUCAUCAUCAUCACAGAGAGAGAGAGAGAUGGCUGCAGUACUACUGCGAUUGGGGUUUCAGAUAAUUCUCUUAUCAUGCUCAGUCUAUGCAUUCGCACAAGCAGCAAAUAUAACCAAAAGUCCAUCAUGUCCAGAAGAAUGUGGGAAUAAUGUUAAAAUUCCGUACCCAUUUGGAAUUGGUGCUGGUUGCUAUAUUUCCAAAUGGUUUGAAAUCGUAUGUAAUGAAAGUGAUACUUUCAACGGUAAACCCAAACCUUUCUUAAGGAUGUUCAAACUGGAGGUGCUAGAGAUUCUAUUACGUUAUGGCCAAGUUCGGGUCAACUAUUCGGCAUUUACGAGUUGUAAUAAUAACGCAAGCACCACAGUCAAAGAAGAGUUAGCAGGAAGUCCUUUUGUCUUCUCCAGCAAUGACAACUCUUUCAUUGCCAUGGGUUGCAACAACUCUGCCGUGAUGUGGUCCGAAGAUGAGAAAGUCUCACCCGGUGCAGUGUGCCGGUCCCCUUGCGAUCACCGAAGAAUAUCAUCAAGAUAUGGAAAAAUUAGUACUUUAUGGGACACUGACUACUGCAUGACAUCAAUCCCCACAGAUGUCCAUUCAUUCACUUCAAAAAUAGAGCCAAAAGAUCAUUCCUUGGAGAAUGCAGGUAUGCAUUCUUGGUAG